UUGCAGGAAAUAGAUCACUGAAUUGAAACAACUGCUAAUAAUAAGCCAUUAUGUGUAUUUUUUAAUAGUAUUACUCAAGAAUUGCUAUAGACUAAAAAAUGUACCCAAUAUUUUUAAAUAUUUAAGUUUUGUUGUUCCAGUUUGAAGACAUUAAUAUAGGCGAUCAAUCUUGUACUGCCUGGAUAAUCUGGAAUCCGUACCUGUCUCCUCCUGUAUAAUCAAGGGGCACGAAUUCUUUUUCUUAUCGUUUCAACUGAUACACAUAUGUAUAUCUGAAAGUUCCAAAAGCUGCCUUUGGAUAUGGAGGAAAGAAAUUGUUUUGACGUAGUGGACGUAAAGGGAUAUUUAAGAUAUUGGAUGUUAUUCUUGCACUUUAAGAACAAUAUCGUCAAUAGAAAUAAGUAACAAGAUGGAGCUAAAUACUAGGAAAAAGUCUGAAAAUGGCUUGCCUCUACUAAAUAAUAAAUAUUCAUUAGUAACAGUAAAUGAUCUGCAAGAAGAAAGGGAUACAAAUAUGGGAAGAACAGAAGAUACAUUUUAUUUGCGAUUUACAGUACUUACAGGAGUAAUUGUGAUGUUAGAAGGAUCAGCGUUAUCAGUUUGGACAUCUCCAGCAAUAAUAAAGCUACAGUCAAACGAUAGUAGUGUAAACCCACUGGGAAGACCGAUAACUACAGCGGAAAUUUCUGCUUUACUAGGAAUACCUUCAGUAGUUUCUCUUCUAAGUGCAGCGUUGUUACCCAAGCUGGCAGACGUAAUUGGAAGAAAGAAGAGUCUACAAAUAUUAGGCUUAGGAAUAUUUUUAAGCACAAUAGGACUAGCUUUUUGUCAGUCCGUUAACUGGAUGGUUUUCUGCAUUUGCAUUUCUUCUAGUAUGGCAGCGGCUGGGGCGUCUAUUCUUCCCAUGUACAUAACUGAAAUAUGUGAAAAUCGGAAUAGAGCUACCUACGGUUGCCUAAUGACAGCUGCUUCACCAAUGGGUCAGCUUUUAUGUUUUUUGAUUGGCCCGGCGUUUCAUUUUAAGAUGUUUACAAUAUUAAUAGUAACGCCCUUAAUUUUCUUUUUAGUAUCAUCCGUCUUUAUCCCAGAAAGUCUUGUUUACUGUUUAUCCAAGGGUAAAAAAGGAGAAUGUAAGAAAUGGCUAAGGAAAUUACGCAGUAAUAAAUCAGAUAAAGAAUUAGAAAUUGACUACAACGAAAUUAUUGUUAGUUUGGAAAGUUUAAAAAAAACUAAACAAUUUAGUUUAUGGAAACUUCUUGGAGAAAAAGAAGGAAGAGUUGGAGUAACGUUGGCUAUGUUAUGUAUACUUGCUCAAUUUUUUUCAGGUGUACCGAUUGUCAUGUCUUUGUUAGCACCCAUUUUUAACGAAUCAGGGUCAAACCUUUCUGGAAACACAAUCGCCAUUAUUGUAGGAACUGUAAAAACGUUAUCUUUUACAUUUACCUCCUUAAUAAUACAAAAGACCGGAAGACGGCCGAUGUUGAUUAUUUCUUCUGCUAUGGCUGGUAUACCAGUAUCUUGCCUUGGAGUAGUUUUUUAUUUAAAACUAAUAAAUUCUCCCCUUGUUCAUCAAUUUCAGUGGGUACCUCUUGCAUGUGUUUUAACCUAUAUUUUUAGUUAUUCCCUUGGGCUAGGACCUAUACCAUUAUCUACAAUGAGUGAACUAUUUGGUCCUGAUGUUAGAUCAACAGGUCUGGCAUUUGUAUCAACUGUAAGUUCGCUUAUUAUUUCUGUUUACAUUGCUGCUUACCCCGUGCUUGCUGAACACUUUGGAAUUUAUUCAUGUAUGUGGAUAUUUGGAGGAUCUUGCUUCGUUUGCUCUGUUCUGUUUGCUUUAUUUUUGCCGGAAACCAAAGGAAAAAGUGAUGCUCAAAUUCAAAAGUCGUUAAAACACUACAAAUUUUUUAAAUAAAAUAAAAAGUAAAUAUUAGUUGUCCCA